CUUUGAGAACAUUCUCUCUGGAUAAAUUACACUACUGGAGAGAAAGUGGUUCUGGCAUGAGCAGCCUAGCUUAUUUUCUCUCUAAGGAUACAGUUGACCAUUUUAAUACAGUAAUCAAACCUGCAGUAUAUCUCUCUAUGUUCUACUUCUUCACGAAUCCAAGAUCUAGCUUUGCAGAUAAUUACUUGGUCUUGUUCUGCCUUGUGUACUGUGUAACUGGUACAGCCUAUGCAUUUGCCAUCAUUUUCGAAUCAGGCAUAGCCCAGCUGUGUUCAAUUCUUCUUCCAGUUGUUUUGACUCUCGUGGGGACACAGCCAAAAAAUAGUGAAUUCAUGAAGAUUUUAGCGAAGUUUUGCUACCCUAACCGGGUUUUGGAAGCAUUCAUCAUUGCAAAUGCUGAAAGGUAUAAUGGAGUGUGGCUGAUUACUCGGUGUGGCUUCCUUCUUAAGAAUGGCUAUGACCUUCGUGAUUGGAACCUAUGUAUAUUUAUCCUUAUCCUUAUAGGAAUCAUUAGUCGUGUGAUUGCAUUUCUUUGUAUGGUGACCUUCCAAAGGAAGUGA